ACAUUUACUCUUGUAAACGGCAGCUUCUUCAUCCCCUUGUUCACGAGUAUCACUGUUUACCGUCUCUUCUUCCAUCCCUUGUCUUCCUUUCCGGGUCCUGUUCUCGCCAGACUGUCCAUGUGGUGGCGUGUGUGGCAAGUAGCGCAUAUGAAUUCAUAUGAGGUGAUUCAUCGUCUGCAUGAAGAGUACGGGCCGAUCGUCCGAAUUGGACCUAACCAUCUGUCUAUCAACGAUGUGAACGCAUUUUAUAUCAUUUACGGCAACCAAACCAAAGCUGCAAAGCCGACGACCAUGUAUGGUAUGCGCGAGGAACGAAGCCUCAACACCGAGCUGGAUGUCCGACGCCAUGGAGCACGACGUGUCCCCUUUGAAAAAGCGUUGAGUCCCAAGCGGAUCGUGGAGUAUCUGCCCGCGCUGUACCGGUUGACAGACUUAUUGGUGACAAGAUUAUCCGAGGAAAAGGACCACGUCUUGUUGAAUCGAUGGUUAUCCUAUUUUGCAUUCGAUAUCAUGGGUGAGCUGGCGUACAGCAAAUCCUACAAAUGCCUCGAGACACGCACCAUGCACGAGGGAAUCGAGGCAUUGGAGCAAUUCCUCGCUGCGGCUUCAUGGAUCGGAUAUGUCCCCUGGGUCGCCCAGAUCAUGUCCCGCUUACCCAUCCCCGACCCGACGCAGAGUCUACAGGACUUUGCUCGAUCGGCGCUCGAGGAACGGAAAAAAGAGUCCAACCCGUCAGCGGAUGUGCUCUCGUUCGUGUUUAGCGGGAAGCAAGAUCUAACUCCUGGCGAACAGAUGCAGGAUGCGAUGUUGCUGCAGGUUGCAGGCAGCGAUACGACCCUGUCGGCGUUGAUAUUUGCCUGCUACCACCUGGCUAUUGAUAAGCAGUUACAACGCGAUAUUCGAGAGGAGAUUCAGGGGAAUCUUGAAGCCGAACUCACCUUCGAUACCGUGAAAGAUCUGGCUCUCCUACAAGGCCUGAUCAAUGAGACGCUGAGGCUGCAUCCCCCGGGGGCGACGGCAUUGCCACGGGAAAUACCGAAGGGGGGAGUCCAUGUCUGCAACACGUUUAUCCCGGAAUAUACGACUGCCAGUUGUCCAACAUGGUCAAUUCAGAGGGAUCCCAAACACUACGACAACGCUGAUACAUUCGAUGUGAAACGAUGGGCUGCUCCCUCUAACAAAGCCUUUAUUCCAUUCAGCAUGGGCCCAUCGAACUGUGUCGGCAAGCUGUUCGCGUACAUGGAGAUGAAAUAUGUGCUGGCCAAGCUCAUCAUCUCGUUUGACAUCUCCCUGGCUGAGGGGGAGGAUGGAGCCGCGUUGAAGAAGAGCAAAGAUCAUGUCGCGGUGGCGUGUGGAGAGUUG